AUGGGCCGGCAAUUAUGUAGACUGAUGACCCGACUGGCGUGGACUGAUGGACUGCCGGUCCAGUCGACGUCUCAAUCUGUGUGCGCAGCCUGGGGCUCUCGUCCGGGCUACCUCUCGAUGGAAGUGGAGGUGUCGAUACGACCUCCAACUACUGCCACCACCUCCCGAUUCCUCCAGUUCUGUAGCAUCCCCACCCUAGUAAGAUCCUUCAGAGAAGCCUCCUGUGCGCCGCUGACAUCAUUAGUCCCCGGUCGGACCACUCCUGAUUACAAAGCUCGGCGAUAA